AUGGCGGCGGGCGCGGGGUGUUCGGACCGCAGCUCGGAGCCGGGGCAGGCACCUGCCCGUGCUAACAGCCGGCCGGGCGGCGCCGACACCACUUCGCUCCUCGGUAGCGCCACAACGUGGCCUCUGAAGCGCUACGCCCGCUUCUUACCCCCGGCAGGCGGCGGCGACGACGAGCGAAAUGGCGCCUCAUGGAAGGUUUUUGAGUCAAAUGAAGAAUCAGGCUAUCUCAUCCUUACCAUUGUUGUAUCUGGCCAUUUCUUUAUUUCCCAAGGGCGAACAGUACUGGAAGGCUUUUCAUUAAUUGAUUCCCACAAGUGGCUGAAGGUAGUAAGAAGAGCAGACUGCCUGCUGUUUGGGGCAAAGUCAAAGCAGAAUGAAUGCCGUAUGUUCCGUGUUCAGUUUGGUGGAGAUUCAAAAGAACAGAUGCUGGAACACUGCUGUAACUGUGUGCAGAAACUUGCAGAGUAUGUCCCAGUUCAAGUAACUGAUGAACAAAGCCAGAUGCUCUAUCAAAGUCUCAAUCAGCUGGCUAAUGGUGAAAAUCAAAUGAAGGAGUCUGAACAAAAUGCAUCCAUACUAUAUACACCAGAUGAGCCUUUACCAGAUUCAUGCACAAGCCUUGGAGAAAGAAGAUCUAUAACACAGCUAGCACAGUCUGUGCUGAAAUCAAAGUAUGAGCUCCCCCUUGUGUAUCGGCAUUCUGUGUGGAGUGCACAAGAGUUGGGGCCUUUUAUUCGCUUAUGUCUUAUGGAUCAAAAUUUCCCAGCUUUUGUGGAAGAUGUGGAAAAGGAAUUGAAAAAACUAACAGAAGGUUAA